AUGUACGGGGUGCUCCUGCCCUUUCUUAAUCAGAAGCCUCUCAGCGCCAACGACCCCGAGGGCUCCUGGCACGAGCCGCUGCCGGCGGCCGGCGAUCGGUCCUUCGCGCUGGCCGUGGAGCGCUCCGUGCGCUUCAUGCUGGUGCUGUCCGGCAUGGAAGAAUCAGAUGCCAGCUGGUGGAGCAGCGUCAACUUGCGCCAGGCGCUGGUGGAGUGCAUGGAGGAGGCGCUGACGGCCCAGGACCUCCGGGCCCCCGCCACCGGGGAGUUCGCGCUGCUGCGCGUGGGGAUCAGCUCGCUGGCCCGCGCCGCGCAGACCCAGGCCUCUCGGGCCAAAGAGCCCCAGCUCAGGGAGGUCCAGGCCUACGUGGAGCGUCUGGACGCCAAGGCCCUGAACCUGGAGCACUCGCAGCGCCACGCGCGGUCCGUGCAGCCGCCAGCCUGGGUGGCGACAGACACGGAGACACGCUUCGGGGGCUUCGGGCGCGUGCUGCUCCAAGACGUGGAGCCCUUGAAGGGCGAGGUCAAGCAUGGCUCCCUGAUAUUGCCCUGCCUGCCUUCAGCACUUCCAGCAGAGAUCAAGAACUGCUCAGAGGCUGCGGAAUGCUGCCGUUUGGUCAGCAGCAUGCUCACCCUGAUGAUGAAUCAGCAAAGUCGCUUGCCUCACGCCCCUGCAUCCUGCUUCGCUUUGGUGGUGCACUUGAUGGCCAGAUUGCUUCCGAUGCCUUUGCCGGUAGAUGAUGCCCAGCCAGAAGCGUGCUUCUGGGCGACGGACUUGACGGUGGAGACCAAGAAGGACCUGCUGCGCAGUCUGCACAUGAUCUGCCGCGGCUUCUCGGCGGCAGCCACCGCGCUGAGCGCCGCCCGCGCCACCCGCGAGGCAGAUGGCGCACGGACCUGCGUGGCCGCCGCGCUGGUGGCGGUCAUGGACGCGCUGCUGCGCCGGCCGCUGUCGUCGCAGCUCGCUGAGAAUCUUGCUGUGCAGGAGCGGCACGGGGACCUCUUCUCGCUGCACUACUCGGGCCAAAGCGGCCAGAGCGGAAGCCAGAGUGGAAGCAGCGGUUUCCGGGGUCCGUGUCAGCCCUUUGUGUUGGGCUCGGGCACAUUCCGGGAGACCUCGGAGGCGCUGCUGUUGCCGCAGCCGGAGCUGGCAAUGCUCCGCGCCCAAGCUCUGGACUACUUCCAGAGCCUCGAAAGCGAGGGCUCCCAUGCCAUCUUCAACUUCGACCAGGCCAUGACGCCCAGCUCCGCAGACCGUGCCGGGCCCAGA